GUGGCGGUAGGGGUCGGUGUUACCGGCGCUGCGGGUGGGUGAUGCGGUGUGUGCGCUUCUGUCUCCCAGAUCGCUCUUACAUGAGAUUAACGGAAAAGGAAGAUGAGACGUUGCCCAUAGAUAUAGUUCUCCAGACUCUCUUAGCCUUUGCUGUCACCUGCUACGGGAUAGUACACAUCGCAGGAGAAUUCAAAGACAUGGACGCGACUUCAGAACUAAAAAAUAAGACGUUUGACACGUUAAGGAACCAUCCGUCUUUUUAUGUAUUUAAUCAUCGUGGUAGAGUAUUGUUCCAGUCCCCAGACACAGUGAAUUCUUCUUCAAACCAAGAUGCUUUGUCAUCCAGCUCAUCACUGAAAUUUCGAAAACUUGAACCUCUGCGCCGCUAAGACUUUUACAGAUUAUAAUAAUAAUCCUGGACACUGAGAUGUAAUAUUCAAGUCGGGGAUGUAAACACUUUUUUUAAUUUCUGGAGCAGUAUUUAUAUUGAUCUUCCAGACUUUAUAAAGUAUAUAUAUAUAUAUAUAUAAACUAAGGACCUUCUUUGUACACUGUUAAUGAAAAUGACUGAAUUGUGAAUUGGCAAUGCAGUGUAAAUUAUUCUACAGUUAUGCUGUGAACCACAUCUUCAAAUUUUCAUAUAUUAAAACCAAGUUGCAGCUGGCUUAACUUCAGUUAAAAAGCAAGCUAGUUUUCACCCCGCAAUUAAUGUCCUUUAACAAGAGGGAAUGUCCCAGCGCUAUUUAUUUUCUCGGUUUGCUUGCACUACCAGUUGAGGAAACUCCUUCAGAAGUGCUGGGUCACGGCAUCCCCUUCCCAGUGAGAAAGGGGCAGAGUCUCCUGCACCCAGAACGCCCCCAGGAGACCUGUGUGGUGUGGGCACAGCGAGUCAAAAAGGUUGCUUGCCUUUUUUAUUUUUUAACAAUGCUGAAAAAUAGUUGCCUGAAGGGGUUGUUUUGGUUUUUUUUCCUAGUUUUUCAUUAUCACAUUCUUUCCUUCUUGCCCUCCUUCAUUGCAAUGGUGCGAGGCUGCCUGGGAUGCGGCUGCAGGUUUGGUGCCUGUGCUGGGGGAGGCAGCUGAGGUCCCGAUCAGGCAGAUACUCUAGCAGCUUUUGUUGCUUAUUUGGUGUUUCCCGUCCCUCCAGUGGGGAAUGGCUGUCCAAUGGCUCAAUGUUGUGUUGGCACCAGAUACAAGCUCCCAAGAAGUAUUUCAAGUAUUGCUAAGAACUACCGUACAGCAGCGGGGGCCGUUUGAUCAGCCCAUUGCGGUACAACCACCCCCUCUUCUGCCAACACAGCCUUUCAGGUUGAUUUCUUUUUUUCCAGCUGAGCCCUUUGUUGAUUUAACAUUACUGUCUUGAUUUCACCUAUUAGGACAGAUGCUACAGUCCUUAACUCUUAGUGAUAUUAACAUUCUCAUCUCCCCGCCAGGGCUGAACCAGUAAUAAAGUUUCUGCCGGUCUGGCAUUUCACCCACCUGACACAGCAGAGGGAGGGUAGGUCCAGAUGCUGAUGGGGCCAACUAGAAUUUUUGCCUAGUUUGUCUCACUGCCACUGUGGAAACUCAGCUUUUUGUCCUAGCAUCUGUUUUGUUUUGUUUUUUUUAAACAUGUUAAGAACUGUCCCAGGCAAAAAGCUUAGCAAAAAUACUGUGUAAACCGAAGCCUCUCUUUUUUUUUUCCUAGCUCUGCCCGUCCUAUGGAGCGGGUGCCCCAGUGCUAGAGCAAUAUCUGUAGCUGCUGCUCUACAAUCACUCUUAAGCAGCUGAGUUUGGUUAGAAGGGGUUACUCUGCCAGCCAAAGGCGUCUUGAGCUGCCGGAUUGCUCCCUAAAGCGGCCUGGUUCCCCCCUAGCUGGUGUCACAAACGGGCUCCUACCAGCUGCUGUCACCAGAGGCCUCAAAAAUAGCAAGUAUAAGUCAGCUCCCUGUUGUGGACCCAGCUCUUUCCAUGGGGAGGAGGCUGCGGUGGGGCAGGCUCUGUGUAGAUGACAGGGCUGGAUGUUGGCCAGGUGACCUCGCGAGGUGCAGGGGAAGGAAAGACAAUUAGUGGUGGGAGGGUGAAGCACGGCCAAGGGUCGGUAACCACCGUCCCAGAGAGUGGCAGAGUGUCUCUGAGGGUAGGGCCCCUGCUCUCAGAAGAAGCCCCCUUUUUUGCCACCACAAGGCUCCAUGGAGCUGCCCGAGGCCAAUGUGCUGCUGUGGGACAGGGCGAGCAGAGAAUGUCACCCGCUCCUUGGAGCAGGUCCGGCCGGGAACACCCUCUCAGCUCCAUCAGCCUCUUCUCGUGAGGAGCAGCCUCGUGCUUCAGCAGCCACGGUUAUAAUAUCACAGAGCUGUACAAAUUAUUUUUUCUUAUCGAUCUCGCAAUGUCCAAUAAAAAUUGAUAAUCCUUAAA